AUGAUGAACAAAAACAACGUUGGACUGUUCGGGGAUACAAGCAUGACCAAAGUGUUUGUGGGAGGGUUAGCUUGGGAGACUCCAAAAGAGACACUGAGACAGCACUUUGAAAAGUUCGGUGAGAUCCUUGAAGCCGUCAUCAUUUCCGAUAAGCUCACCGGCAGAUCCAAAGGCUACGGCUUUGUAACCUUCAAGGAAGCUGAGGCCGCGAAGAAGGCCUGCGAGGACCCAACUCUGAUGAUCAACGGCCGCAGAGCCAACUGCAAUCUGGCAUCUCUGGGUGCACGCCGUCCAAGGUCUUCACCUCCUACUCUUCCCCAGUCUCACACACAACAAGUCCUUGGAGGAACCAUGAAUGCCAAUCCCGUCCACUGGUACUAUCCCGCACCAACUCCUCCCCCUCCACCUCCACCUCCACCUCCACCUGCCUCUCCAUUCCAUCAUCAACCUCUUCCCUUUUACGGGUACGCCCCCAUGUACAUUGCGGCGGACAUAAAUUACAAUUACAAUCAGAAGCUGAACUACGGAAGCGGUGGAGGCUACAUGAACGGGCAUGUGUACCCAAUGUACCCUGUCUACCACCUCCACCGAACGGAGACAAUGGGUGUUCCUGCCCACAUCUUCCACCCAUUUUCCCAUCACUCCUAA